UCCAACAUCGAUCUUCCUAAACCAAAAUUAGCUUCAAGGAAGUAGAGUAUAUAUAUAUGCAUGUACUUCUUGAAGACGUCCUUUAGAAAUUAAGGAAAUGGCAAAACCAGAUGCUAUGGCGAGGCUACGUUCAUUUUUCAGCCAUAUUUCUCUUCGCUUCCACAUGUUGGUUUUUCUUCUUCUCCUACAAGUUUGCUCGCAGCAUGCAGUCUCUCGCUCAAUGGUUAAGUUUCUUCCUGGCUUCCGUGGACCUCUUCCAUUUGAGCUUGAAACUGGGUAUGUGGCAGUGGGUGAUUCAGAGGAAGUAGAGCUCUUCUACUAUUUUGUCAAGUCGGAGAGGAGUCCUAAAGAGGACCCUCUCCUCCUCUGGCUAAUCGGUGGUCCUGGUUGCUCUGGCUGGACCGGCGUUGCGUUUGAAAUAGGUCCACUAAAUUUGAUAGAGGAGUACAAUGGGACCCUUCCUGAGUUGGUCUUAAAUCCACAUUCUUGGACAAAGGAAUCUAGCAUAAUAUUUAUGGACUCGCCCGUUGGCACUGGAUUUUCCUAUGCAAGAACCCCGGCUGCUUCUCAGUCGAGUGACUUGAAACAAGUACACCAGCUCCACCAAUUCCUCGUUAAGUGGCUGAUUGAACACCCAGAAUUUGUCUCGAACGCAUUCUACGUCGGUGGCCAUUCCUACACUGACAUUUCUGUUCCGAUCCUCGUUCAACAAAUCUCAAGUGGUAUGAGAAUAAAUGAUAAACCUGUUAAAGUGUGGUCAAUGAUCAUGUUUGUGACAGAUUCUUCUUUGUUUGUCCUCUUUGGUGCUUUCUCAAGCUCUCUGGCCUUGCAGGAAAUGAAGAAGACUGCAUGCUUUCAGGGAUGCAUACUAGGAAAUCCUGAUCAAAGAACAGAUGGCAAUUCAGUGAUUCCUUGCGCUUAUGGACUGGGACUGGUUUCUGAUGAACUCUAUGAGUCAUUGAGAAGAACCUGCAAAGGAGAGUACGUAAUUAUAAAUCGGAGAAACUCAGACUGUUGGAAGUACGUUCAGGCUUCCUAUGAGUGUCUUUCAGGAAUUAAUUUUGCACAUGUUUUGGAACCUUCAUGUGCUUUUGCUUCUCCUAAGCCACAGGCUACGUUUGAUCAAAGAAGAUCUCUUUACCAAAAUCCUAAAGUGUUCCUCGACCCCGACCCAUCACUUCCUCCGUUUGGCUGUCGUAAGAAAAACAUUGGCGUCAGCUUGGUGGCAUAGGCCUCGUUGUCUCGACCGCCAAUCUGACCAUCGCCAUACCGUGGGCAAGCUCGAGAUCUGGGCUGGGGUCGGAGAAGUAUUUUUCAAGAAUUGACCAAAGCUCAACACGAGCUAACAGAACAUAGGAGGGAUCUACAACCGAAAGACUGAGAAGGUAUUCGAUGACAGUAGGGUUCGACAUAAUGGUGGUGAGCAGACUACAAAGAGCCAUGAAGAGU